AUGAUGCACCUUCGCUUGGCAGUAUCCCCUCUAGAUCAACUCCAAAAUCCUAUAGAAUGUCAAAUUUCCAUUCCGGAAAACUCGCUGAUUGCUCGCAUUCAAUCCGUUGGUGUUCCUUCUUCUCACAUAUUCAUUCUUCACAUAUAUGACGUUGAGACUGUACUUUAUUGCAAGGCUUUCAAUGAUACCUUUACCAUUACUAAUGAUUUUUCUACUUGUUCCAUCUUGAAGCUUUUUCAACUUUGGUUGGCUCAUAUAGAUACCUUUACUACCACUAUUUAUCAGUACUCUUUCCAGGUAUAUGCUGAGAACGAUUCAACUAUAGAGAAGUACAUUGCUUCCUUACAAUUGUUGCAUAAUUCUGAACCUUCUGAAGCCUUUGAGGAUGUUACAGAUGACGGUUACAUUUCCGAUGAGUCUGGAUCUGUAUAUCGAGAAGAUUUUAAUCCUCCGUCCAAACCUGUAUAUAUUCAAUUGUCUGAUGAGGAGAGAAAUUCGCUUUCUCCUUAUGUGAGGUGGUCGGAUGAUGAUACUGACGUCAAUGAUAAUGACAGGGACGACGAUAUCGAUGGAGAGAUUAAUGGAGUGUUUGAUGACGGUGUGCUUGAUGAUGUUCUUGUUAAUACUAACAUUGAUGUUCAGCUUGGCUAUCCCCUCACUGACAGCUUUGAGAGCUUGCCUGAGGAGCUCAGCUUGGAUAUUGCAACUAAAAAGAGGAGAUUCCGGAAGCUUAGGAAAAGAAGAAAGCUUCUGGUAUAUGAUCCCGAGAGAAAGUCUCGGGUAACGGGUUUUCUUAUUCUAAAUAUCGCCUCUGCCAAAGGUCUUCCACCCUUCAAGGACUCUAUUAGAAUUCGAUACGACAUGGAUCCAUUUGUAGUGGUUUCAUUCGGUACAAAAAUCUUUAGAACUGGCUGUAAGAGACAUAGUUUGAAUCCUGUGUGGAAUGACCAGUAUGUGAAUUUGGAAAUCUCCUCUGUGGAGGAGGAUUUUGAGAUCAAAUUCAACGUGGUGGAUAAAGACCGGUUCUCUUUCAACGAUCCGGUGUGCUCUAUCAAGGUUCCGGUCAAACGGUUUUUGGUAAAUGACAACGAUUGGCAUGAAAUGAAGCUUUCUAUGCAGAUUGACCCUAAAUCUUCCAAGAAGUUCGUUGAUUAUCAGCCCUUUUUGGAGAUAAAAUACAAGUUUCAAAGAUACCUUGAUAUUGUGAAAGAGGUAGGUAAAUUGUACCCCCAAUUGGAUUUACUGUCUACCCAUUUAUUCCAUCAUUGUCCUCUCUGUCACAGACCAGACAAACGAAAUAGUGACUUCAUCAAACAUUUAAGUAUCUGUCAAUCAGAUCUAACGUCCAAUAUAUUUCUCAGAAAAUCGUAUAUCACUGCGAACAGUGCUUCAAGAAGGUGGUACUCGAAAGCGCUGAUUAAGAUAGCGUACGGGAAAUUGCAGCUAGGUGGUAAUAACGCGAACAUUAUGGUGCAAGAUCGGGACUCUGGACUCAUUAUUGAAGAAAGAAUGAGCGUUCAUGUCCGUUUGGGUAUCCGAAUGCUCUACAAGUCAAUCAAAUCCGAUAAUACCAGUCGUCGAAUCAAGAAGAUGCUUGCAAAAAUGAGUAAAAAGCAGGGAAUGAAGUUUGACCAAGUUAGUUCGGCCCGAAAGAUUGCUGCAUUUAUCAAGUUUUAUGCUCUCGACUUAUCUGACUGUCUUCUGCUUAACAUCUCCGAGUAUCGCACCUUCAAUGAGUUCUUUUAUCGCAAACUGAGGCCGGAAACAAGAACCAUUGAAGGAGAUCCUCUGAAUGGUAAUAUUGUUACCAGUUGUGCUGACUCCAGGUUGACCGUAUUUCAUGAGAUAUCUUUAUCGAAACAGGUUUGGAUCAAGGGCAGAGACUUUAAAGUAUCAAAAAUCAUGGGAGAGCCACCUGCGGCCAAGUUUGAGAAUGGUUCUAUUGCAAUCUUCCGCUUGGCUCCCCAAGAUUACCAUCGAUUUCACUCUCCCGUAUGCGGAACCAUCACUAAAGUGAGGCACAUUGAGGGAGAAUACUAUACUGUAAAUCCAAUGGCAGUGAGGUCGAAGUUGGACGUUUUUGGAGAAAAUGUUAGAACAGUAAUUCACAUCGAUACAGAGGAGUUUGGAACUGUGGUGUUAUGUGCCGUUGGAGCAAUGAUGGUCGGCUCUAUAAUUGUGACGAAGAAUCCCUCGGAUAUUGUGAUGAAGGGGGACGAAUUAGGUUACUUCAAGUUCGGAGGAUCCACAGUCAUAAUGCUCUUUCAGCAAGGACGCAUCCAGUUCGACAAAGAUAUUCUUUACAACUCGGAGCAACGAUCCAUUGAGACUUUGGUUAAAAUGGGAAUGUCUGUAGGACAUACACCAACUACCAGACAGUUUGGUAGGCAUCCAAGCAAGAAGUUUGACGCUCUUAAGGUGAUCAGAAAAGUUACAGGAGGAAGAGAAACCAAUGAUAACGACUUCUAUCCGUCGUGGGAAGUAAAGCAGUUAGACGUAGGCAGCAGCAACUACGAGAUAGAAAUCGAGAAGCAAUAA